AUGACUGAUCCUGGUAGUAAUUCGGAAAUUCCAAACAACGGUAACGCGACUGUACAUUUAACCGAUGUAGAUCUUACAACCGCCAAAAAGGAGCGUGGAAAUCUUAAACGUAAAUUAACAAAUCUUGAAAAAUUUCUUGAUAGUUACAAUCCUACAAAAUAUCACUCUCUUGUAAGACAAAGUAAAGAUUUUGAAGGAAACUUAUGUGACUUUGAAAAAUGGCAAACAAUAAUAGAAAAGGGCGGUUCGGGAACUUUAAAUGAAGAUGGAAUCGACGAAGAUGCGAGAAACGACUUUGAAAACAGAUAUUUUGCUCUUUAUGAUAAAAUGUUUAGUAUAUUAACGCCAAUCAACACAGAGGUUUCGCCAUCGUCUGCUACUCCUUCAAAUGUUGAAAACGGAAUUCAUAGUCAAAUCACAAAUCCCUUGAUUAAUCCACUUAACACUAGUUCGUCCAAUAAUGAAAUAUCAGACGAUUUUAAAAUGCCUUCACUAGGGUUGCCUUCGUUUAACGGCAACUAUGAAUCGUGGUUAGGUUUCUAUGACGUAUUUUAUUCCAUGGUUCACAACAAUUCCAAAUUAGCUCCAAUUUUAAAAUUGAGAUAUUUAAAAAAUUGUUUAACCGGAGAAGCCGCCGAAGUUAUCGCGUCGGUUCAAUUAUCGGGAGAAAAUUAUUUAGUUGCUUGGGAAAGCUUAAAGGAAACUUACGAUAAUCGAAAAUUAAUAAAACAAAAUCACAUACAAGAUCUUUUGAACGUUCCAUACAUGUCCAAGGAAUUCUCAUUGCGCGAACUUCUGAAUCAUGUCCAAAAGCAUAUAAGAGCGUUAAAGGUUCUUGAGGAACCUGUUGAUCAAUGGGGUAGUCUUUUGAUUGUGUUAAUUAGAAGCAGGAUGGAUUCAAACACUGCAGAAAGGUGGGAUGAAUUCUCUUGUGAAAAUGUUUGUCCGGGAUUAGACGAGCUCAUAUCUUUUCUGCAAAAACGAGCUCAAUUAGAUGCAACAAGAUCAGCUCAAAUUCGCAAUAAACAUAAUAUAUCGCAUGAAAGAAAACCGCAAUCUAACUCGCGACCUAACAAUAAUAAUCGUUCAAAUCAAAAAUUAUUUUUGUCUAAGACUUCACCGACUUCAUGUCAAAAUUGCAAAGGUCAACACGAUCUCAUUUCUUGUGAUUCUUUUUUGAAUCUUUCUCCGUCAGACCGUUUUAAAAUUGUUAAAAGAGAAAACUUAUGCGUUAAUUGUUUGCAAUCAUCUCAUCGUACUAACAAAUGUACAGGAGAGCCUUGCGCGAAAUGUCAAAAGAAACAUAACAUUCUUUUACAUUUUGAAAAUAAAGGUCUUAUCGAGAAUGAUUCGAAUAUAUGUAAGUCGACAAAUUUAAAUUACCUGCCUAGUAACAAUAAUUCUUCGGAAAUGUUAUUGUCCACUGUUGUAGUUGAAUUAGUCAGUCAGGAAAAUAAAAUUAAACAAUGUCGAUUCCUUUUAGAUAGCGGGUCCCAAUCGCAUUAUAUCACAGAAUCAGUUGCUACACAUUUAAACUUACCUCGCAGUCCGGUAAAUAUUAAUGUUUUAAGUAUAGGUACCAAUUAUACGACUGUGCGUCAUUCAACGAAUGCUGUAAUAAAAUCAAGAUUCUCUGAUCCUGAAUUUGAACAAUCAGGUAAUUUAGAUGGCAUCAUUGGAGUGGGAUUAUUUUACAAUCUUCUUUGUGUUGGUCAGAUUCGAUUAAAGAAUCAUCCAGCAAUUUUACAGAAAACCUUAUUAGGCUGGAUAAUUGCUGGAGAAAUAUACGGAAAAUCAGUCUCUUCAACACAAACGAGACAAUGUAAUUUUACUCGCAACUCUUCUAUAGAAUCACAAUUAACAAAAUUCUGGGAAGUGGAAGAACUACCGAACUCCAAAAUUCGUUCUCCCGAAGAAAUCGCCUGCGAAGAACAUUUUGCAAAAAAUACAAUAAGAGAUUCUGACGGUUCUUAUAUUGUUAGGCUUCCUUUUAAUGACAAAAGGGAACAAAUAGGAAACUCCUUUAACACAACUCUCCGCCGUUUUUUCUCUUUAGAAAAUCGAUUUCGUAAAGAUCCUGAUCUCGAAAAAUCGUGUAAGGAACAAAUUGAAGAAUAUGAACUUCUUAACCACAUGACGCUAGUUCCCGACGAUCAAUUAAAUCACUCUUCUGGAUUUUAUUUGCCCUAUCACGCGGUUAUUAAAGAAGAGAGUCUGACGACAAGAUCUAGACUUGUUUUCGAUGCAUCGACAGAGCCUCCAACUGGUGUUUCACUGAAUGAAGCCUUAAUGGUAGGACCAACAAUUCAACCCGACCUUUUUAGUCACUUAAUACGGUUCCGUUCUCGACAAUUUGUCUUAACUGCUGACAUCGUGAAAAUGUAUCGCCAAAUAAAGAUGCACCCUGAUGAUACUUCAUUUCAAAAAAUCAUUUAUCGAGAAUCUCCCGAUAAACCCAUCAAAAUUUACUCACUAAAUAGAGUAACAUUUGGUGUGGCGAGUGCCCCUUUUUUAGCCACUCGAGUUCUACACCAAUUAGCUGAUGACGAAUGUUUACAAUAUCCUCUAGCAUCGGAAGUUUUAAAAAAUGAUUUUUAUGUCGACGAUUUAAUGACAGGUACAAACACAAAAAAGGAAGCUGUUGAAUUGCGCGACGACCUUAUUGAACUACUUAAAAAGGGUGGGUUUUGUCUCAGAAAAUGGGCUUCAAAUGACCCUUCUAUUGUGUCAGAUCUUGAAAACUCCAGGGAUAAUCCCUUUAUGGCUCUUGAUUCUUCAGACUCAGUGAAGACACUAGGGGUUCAUUGGAAUUUUAAGGAAGACACAAUUUCUUACACUGUAAAAUUACCUGAAUCUAACAGUAAAACAACCAAAAGAAAAAUCAUCUCACAAGUUGCAAAAAUCUUUGAUCCUUAUGGUCUUUUAGGUCCUGUUAUUAUUCCAGGAAAAAUUAUGUUGCAAGAGUUAUGGAAAUUAAAUAUCCAUUGGGACGAAACUAUUCCAACUUCUAUUGAAACAUCUUGGCGCGAAUAUCUUGAUCAAUUACCCUGUAUUAAUCAGCUUCGAUUUCAGAGAUGUGCUAUUUCCCCAAAUGCUAAAAAUCUGCAACUUCACGGAUUUUGCGAUUCGAGUGAAAAGGCUUAUGGGGCGUGUCUUUAUAUUCGCUCUAUUGAUGAAAGGGGACAAGCUCAGGUAGUCCUUUUGUGUUCAAAAUCCCGAGUCGCACCCGUCAAAACAAUCUCGUUACCUAGAUUAGAACUUUGUUCGGCACUAUUACUCGCGGAACUCCAAAAUUUAGUUCAAAAUACUUUGAAAAUCAAUUUUGAUCAUACUUAUUUUUGGUCCGAUUCCACUAUUACACUUCAUUGGAUUAACACCCAACCACAUUUGCUUAAAACAUUCGUCGCUAAUCGUGUAGCAAAAAUUCAGACGCUUACCGACAUUCGGCAUUGGAAACAUGUACCUACCUCUGAAAAUCCAGCUGACCUCAUAUCACGUGGUCAAUGGCCAAAAGAAUUUGCAAAAGACACCCUUUGGUCAAACGGUCCUCAAUAUCUCCUUCUUUCUGAAAAUCACUGGCCGUCGCUUGAAUUAAAAAAUGAAAGCAUUCCUGAGAUGAAAAUUCAAAAACCAGUUCAAAUGGUUAUGAACAUAAUCGUUUCAGGUAGAAACAUUCUUGAAAAAUUUUCGUCUUUCAGAACUCUCGUCAGAGUUAUUGCUUAUUGCCUUCGUUUUGCACAUAAUGCAAAAGGAAAAGACAAACAAAUUGACGAAUUAACAAAAGACGAACUUAAUUUAUCUUUGAAUCGAAUAGUGCGAUUAACUCAAAAAAGAGAUUUUUCUAAAGAAAUUUCCGCUUUGUCUCGAGAAGAGGAAAUUGAUUCUAAAAGCCCGAUAAAAUCUCUUAAUCCUUUUCUUGAUGAAGGAAUUAUUAGAGUCGGUGGAAGGUUAGAACAUUCAAACCUGAAACCUGAACAAAAACAUCCAAUUCUUCUUCCGCGAAAUCAUCAUGUAACUACUCUUAUCGUGCGCGAAGAACAUGUUAAACUUCUCCAUGCUGGUAUACAGACUACGCUAUAUUCGGUCAGGGAAUUAUAUUGGCCCAUUGACGGACGUAACACCACGCGAAAAAUUAUUCAUCAAUGCAUGCCUUGUUUUCGCGCAAAACCACGCGAUAUAAAUUACGUCAUGGGAAACUUACCUGCAAAACGCGUAGAAUUUGUUCGUCCUUUUCUACAUACAGGAGUAGAUUAUUGUGGCCCUUUUUUUAUAAAGGAAAAGCGAUUGCGAAACCGUGGUAAAGUUAAAUGUUACGUUGCGAUUUUUGUUUGUCUCGCAUGUAAAGCUGUGCAUUUAGAAGUAGUAAAUGAUCUCACUACUGAGUCAUUUCUCGAAGCUCUGAGUCGAUUCAUAUCACGUCGAGGAAAACCGAUUUCUCUAAUGUCAGAUAAUGCAACAAACUUUAAAGGUGCUGACCGCGAACUCAAGGAGUUGCAAGAACUUCUGCAAUCGGAAAAACAUAAUGAAGAUAUCAAGAAAUUUUUAAAUGAUAGUAAAAUCAUGUGGAGUUUCAUCCCCCCGCGCGCUCCUCAUUUUGGCGGUCUGUGGGAAGCUGGCGUGAAAUCGUUCAAACAUCACUUUUUACGCUCCGUCGGCGACACUCUUUUAACAUAUGAUCAACUCGAGACUUAUGCAAUUGAAAUUAAGGCUGUUUUAAAUUCUCGUCCUUUGUCUCCUUUAUCCUCUGAUCCCAAUGAUCACAGACCUUUAACUCCUGGACAUUUUCUGAUUGGUGAACCACUAACAAGCCUUCCUCAAGCUGACUUCCGAAACACGCCCAUCAACCGGCUAUCUGCAUGGCAACAUUCACAAUUACUAAGGAGACACUUUUGGACCAGAUGGCACAAAGAAUAUUUAAACGAGCUCAACACUCGCACCAAAUGGAAAAAUGCGAACAAAAAUAUAACCAUUGGAACUCUAGUGGUUCUAAAAGAAGAUAACACUCCACCGUUGCAUUGGGUAUUGGGAAGAGUUAUUGAAACUCACCCGGGCCAAGAUGGUGUUGUACGAGUUGUGACUGUUAAAACAGAAGCCAGCACUUACAAGCGAAGUGUUAAGAACAUAUGCCCAUUACCAAAUGAACAAAAUAUCGAAAAUGCAGUUUCAUAA